UACUCACCUUCUGCGAAAUGUAUUUCAUGCUAAUCGACCACCAAAGUCGACAGAUCGGAUGAGGUCGGCGAAGCUCCACACCGAAAGAACUCGCCAUUUUCAAUGAUGCCCAAUGUUGUUGACACUCAAACACGUAAAAAGCAACAUAUUCUUUGAUGAAUAUCAAGAAAUUUAUUUGAUUUCUCCAAAAUCCCAUGAGCUGUUUUUCGACAGUGUCCAAAUACACGUUCAAGUGUUUGAAAACAAGCUUUCAAACACAACCGAAGCGCACUUUUGUAUCACGGCACGGUCACACUGGUUAUACACGCGUGUCUUUGAACAUGUUCUGACGGCGUUUUCGCAGUGUGACCACAGCUGUUGAGCCAUACAUGUAUGGGGGAUGUUUGUCAGGCAUUUUCGUCAAACAUGUUUGAGGGAAUGUUCGUGUUUGGUGUUUUAUGUUUAACCAGUGUGACUGCAGCCUUACGGUAAUAGUAUUAUAAUACAAAGUAUUACUAUUACUGCCCACCCCUGGUUGUAAACAAAAAAUAUUUACGACGCGCGCAUGGGUCUUGUAUAAACUAAUAGUUUAUUCAUAAUUCAAGGAAAAGCUAUCUGUUGCACCACUAUCUACCACCUAAGUACGUUUCCGUAUCCUCCUCAACUGCGCAUGUGUAGGGUUCUUCGUUUUCGGGUUAAACCACUGAUGUAUAAAGGCUGGAUCGCGUAUGGGAGAGGGGCUCGUGGGAGACGCAUUCGGGCCGCCAUGUUGGUGGGCCCUAAAACGCUGUGUGCCCAUUGGAAACAACAGAGAUUGUGCAACUACUGGUGGGAGUACAACACUUGACUGUAAAAGGCAUUCACAACGGAACUCGGAGAAGGAGUUGUUACACUAAUGGCACUGUGCAGAAAGGCAAUGGCACUGAAGAUGAUAUAAUUGGACAUUUUUUGGGUUUGUUUUCUCUUUCUACAUGCAUAUCGUUCUGAAGAAUAAAGUAUCACAUUAUUAUUUUAAAGGGAUAGUCGCAUCCGGAAGCGUGUUCAGGAAAUGUUAUGGUCAUGUUCCCUGUCGUUCAUAAUGUACGCCGGCAAAUUUUCUCCGCGCAAAUCCACUUGGUUCACUCAGAAACGAUUUUUAAAUGUUCGCGCUUCCGGCGCGCACGGCAAUCCCCGCAAGGCGCCGACACUGGAUGACGUCACCCGGAUAAACCAACCAAAAGGAGGCGCUUCCUUUCCGCCGAGUUCGGUGUGUGUCUGAGCGUGCGUCUGACCCUUUUUCUUGUUGUCUUGUCGCAUUUGCUUUGAAGUACUUUGAACCACAGCGUGUGCCCUAAGAUUUCACGCCGUUGACGUGCGAUGUCACAGCCAGGAAACCGGUGCUACGUGCCCGGGUGCACAAAUACUUACAACGCGAAUCCUGAGCUUACAUUUCACCGACCUCGCAAUGGCGAGACGAAACGAAAGUGGGAGGCAGCGAUCGCCAGCCAUUGCUGUGGUGUGGCCCAAGGACUGAAUGUUUCACGCGUCUGUUCGUGUCAUUUCGCCGACGACGCCUAUUUUGAUGACGAUGUAUUGCAAGUUCGGCUCGGGCUACAGCAGAAACGAAAGCGGCUGAAGAUUGACGCCGUGCCUACCAUAUUCGAUCGGGAACAAGGGCAGGAACCAGUAACGGAGGCGGCAGCAAGCACGUCAACGGGAUCAACUGGAUUUGAUGUGGAGGUCAUGGCUGAAGCAAGUGCUGGGGACCCACUUCCCACUUCAAGGCGCAUCUCACAAAGGGAUUAUCCAGAAGGCUGUAUAUCCAUUAUACUGGAUGGACUACUACUGGAACCUCUGGUGCCGUACCAAACAGUCAGCCAGUACGGGUUUCUCUAUACCUUAGUUCCAGUUGAUCGUGAGGAAGCCGUAAAGAAGGAUGUGAGGCACAUGGGAACACAAACAGCUGUUCCUUUGUGUACAUUAGGCACUCAGACAGAGUUUGUUGCGUCGAGCACAACUGUGCAGACUGAGCUUAGCCUUCCUCCACAAACUUCCUUGGCACUGGCUGAAGGUGUCCCAGGGGACAUGAGAGGCAGCGAAACUGCAUCGCAGUCUACGUACCAAUAUUUCGAUACUGGUGUGCAAAGGGCCUCAACUCCAGAGCCAGGUACUGCGCCAGAUGUAGUGCCAGAACUCGAUACCACGUUUGGAUCGACAAGCAUCCCUGACCCACAUGAUGCUACACUUCAUACGUCGGACGUGGUGGAAAGUUCUGACGAUGAAGAUGAUGAACUCGGCAGCCCUCCAGGGUCCCAUCAUUCAAGACCAUAUAUACAUCAACUGGAGGAAGGUGAACGCCUCUUUCUUGUUGCCGAGUCUAGUCUGCGAGAGCUCCUGUCGGAAUUCUUGUGCUGUGGUGUCAGUGAGCUUACCACCACGAUAAAGCCAAGAGGGACAUGGGUACAAGCUACGACAACGUGCAGCUGCGGCAACGUGCAGCUGCGGCAGGAAGCGAAUCUGGUCUAG